AUGCACGCUGCAAAAGCCCUCUCCCUCGUUGGCGCACUCGUUGCUGGCGUCUCUGCAGUCAAAGGACCUGUGGUUCACAGCAGAAGAAACCCCAAAGGUCCCAAGCUUCAAGUCUUGCCACGGCAGUUACCAGCGGAACCCACGGGCGUGCAGACCAUUACCACUCCCAAUGGCGUCAACAUCACCUACAAAGAGCCAGGCAAGGAGGGUGUCUGCGAGACGACGCCAGGCGUCAACUCCUACGCAGGUUUUAUAAACCUCGCGCCGGACGUCCACAGCUUCUUCUGGUUCUUUGAGUCAAGACAUGAUCCGGCCAAUGACCCAAUAACCCUAUGGCUUAAUGGUGGACCUGGCAGCGACUCCUUGAUCGGCAUGUUUCAAGAGCUUGGGCCCUGCAACGUUACCGAAGACCUCAUCACCCAGCUGAACCCUUAUGCUUGGAACGAGGCCUCAAACAUGAUCUUUCUCAGCCAGCCGUUGGGUGUGGGCUUCUCGUACGGCUCGAAGGGUCCAGGCUCGAUUGAUCCCGACUUUGGUCAAUUCCUUACCGCCUCAGAGGCAAAGGUGACUGGGAGAUAUCCUAUCAUGCUUAUGUGGCCUUUGGACACCACUGAUAUGGCUGCUAUCGCUGCCUGGGAGGUGCUACAGGGCUUCUAUUCGGCGCUCCCACAACUCGACUCCAAGGUCCAGUCGACCCAGUUCAACCUGUGGACUGAGUCGUACGGAGGUCACUAUGGCCCAGCCUUCUUCAACCACUUCUAUCAACAAAAUCAAGCGAUUCUGAACGGCACCCAGUCAGGCAAGUCGUUCGAGUUUGUCAACCUGGGCAUAAUCAACGGCAUUGUGGACGAAUACAUCCAAGCUCCGUACUAUCCUCUUUUCGCCAACAACAAUACUUAUGGUAUCAAAGCUGUCAACGACACCGUAUUCGACUACAUGAACUUUGCUUGCCACAUGGUUUACGGUUGCCUGGACCAAAUCUCCUUGUGCGCAUUGGCCGAUACAUCAACACUCAUCGGACAGGCGGUCUGCACCGAAGCCGCGGACAUGUGCCGUGAUAAUGUGGAAGCUCCCUACUACUACUACGGCGGCCGCGGCACAUACGAUAUCCGUCACCCCUCCGAUGACCCCACCCCGCCAGAUUACUUUAUGGACUUCCUUAAUCUACCGUCGACGCAACAAGCCCUCGGUGUGGACACAAACUAUACGCGGACCGCCAACAACGACGUGUACUACGCCUUCCAGCAGACAGGCGACUUCGUGUACCUCAACUUCCUUUCCGACAUUGAAGAGAUCCUCAACUCGUCCGUGCGCGUGACGUUGGUGUACGGCGACGCAGACUACAUCUGCAACUGGUUCGGCGGAGAGGCCGUCUCCCUCGCCACCCAAUACGAGCACUCGGCGGAAUUCAAAAAGGCCGGUUACGUGCCCUUUGUGGUUGAUGGAGUUGAGUACGGUGAAACCCGCGAGUACGGUAACUUUUCAUUCACCCGCAUCUACGAAUCCGGCCACGAGGUCCCCUACUACCAACCCAUUGCGUCGUUGGGCUUCUUCACCCGCGCCAUCAAUGGUUUGGACAUCGCUACAGGAACCAUGCCCGUGAAUGGAAGUCAGGGCGGCACAUCGGGUUCUCCAUCGGCAACGCACACCGAGUCGUUUGUGCCGCUUCCAGCGACGGGCAGUUCGAGCUCAGCAGCAGCAAGCGCGACGGGCUCAACCGUGCCCGCGAAACAGCCCAUCAUUCCAAGGGGCCGAUUUGCCAGACGGGCGUCCUCGUACUGA